AUGGGCACAUCAGCCAUCGAGGAAUGCAGACACUUCAGAGAAAGAACAUGCCGAGAAAACCCAUUCCUAAGAAGAGUUCAAUGGAGAGCAAAAGAAGUGUUGGAGCUCAUACAUUCAGACAUUUACGGUCCUAUCAGCCCCUCAUCAACAAGUGGUUUGAGGUACAUCUUGUGUUUCAUUGAUGAUCAUAGCAGAAAAGCUUGGGUGUAUCUUUUGGAAAAGAAGUCUGAAGCCUUCAAUCACUUCAAGAUCUUCAAGAAAAUGGUAGAAACAAAAGCUGGAAAAGUCAUCAAGUGUCUGAGGACUAAUAGGGGUGGAGAGUACAUUUCAAAUGAGUUUGCUGACUACUGUAAGGAGCAUGGAAUUAAGAGACAGCUGACCACACCAAACACUCCUCAACAGAAUGGCAUUGCAGAGAGGAAGAACCGCACUGUCAUGAACAUGGAUCAAGCGCAUCAAAAGGAGACAGAGCUGACUUGGAGUGGUGAUGAUAUAUUGGAAGAAAGUGAAGAAGAAGGCAGUGAUGAAGAAAAUUUGGGUGAUGAAGCAGAAGAACCUGUAGAGGAAGAAGAAAACAAAGCUGAUCAGAAUGUGGGAGUCAGGGAGGGAAGAAAUAGGAGACUCCCUCGGUAUCUGAAUGACUAUGUGACUAUGACUGAAGUGGAGAUUGAAGAAGAUGAAGUGAAUAUGGUCGAGAUCAACGCAACUGAUCCAUCCACAUUUGAGGAAGCAUAG